CUGAAGGAGUAUCAGCAGAAGAACAGCCCUGGAGCAACUGCAGGAACCAAGAAGAAACGCAAAACUAAAGAAGGCAGCAGACCCUCUACCCCCACCAACGAUGACCAGCAGCCUCCAGAGAACAUUCAGAACAUUCUGAAGGUGCUGGUGUCAGACCUUAACCGCUCCAAUGGGGUAGCCAUACCCUCAUUGGACAAGAGGAAGAUUCAUGACGCUGAGGAUCAUAAAAAUGCUUUGGAUGAGAACAGGUCUUUCUCAUCAACAGAGAGUCUCCGCCAGUUGUCUGAACAACUCAAUGGCCUGGUUUCCCAGUCUACGUCGUAUGUGAAUGGAGAAAGUGCUGUUCCUUCCACAAAUAUUAAGGAAAUGGAAACACGUUACCAGGAGCUGGCAGUAGCCCUGGAUUCCAGCAAUCUAACUAACAAACAGCUCGUUACAAAGAUAGAGGAAUUGAAACAGCAGAACCAAGAAGCAGUGAAUCAGCUGGAGAAGGAAAAGAAGGAGUUUGAACAGAAAUUUUCUAAAGAGCAGGCAGCACUGAGGGAACAGCUGCAGGUCCAUAUCCAGACUAUUGGAAUUCUAGUUUCUGAGAAGUCUGAGUUGCAGACAGCCCUUGGACAUACUCAGCAAGCUGCAAGGCAGAAGUCAGGGGAAGCUGAAAGCCUUGCUGCCCGUUUACACUCCUCUCGCCAGCGCGUGUCAGAGCUGGAACGCACCUUGUCCUCCAUCUCCAUGCAGCAAAAACAGUCAGAGAAGCAUAAUAAAGAGUUAGUGAAGGAGAGGGACAACCUGAAACUGGAACUGUACAAACGAAGCAAAAGUAGUGAGGAAAUAAAGCAGCAGAAUUCAGAACUGUCAGAGAAAGUUCACUCCCUGGUGUCCAAGAACUCAGCUAUGAAGUUGGAUGUGGAGGAUUUGCAGAAGAAAUUGGAAAUGGCUGAACUGAUGAUUCAACAGUUCUCAAACCAGUCAGGGAGUUUGGAUGCAAACCAGCAGCUGCAGAUGGCUCUGGAGGAGAAGGCAAGCCUGGAAAACCAGGUAGCUCAGCUCUCAGAGUCACUUCAGCAGCUCCAGGCAGAAAGAGAUCAGUAUGUAGAGAAACUGAAGGAGGAGGGAAGCAUUUGGCAGCAGCGAGUGCAGCAGCUCUCUGAGCAGGUCCAUUCAAUGGCAGAGGAGAAGGAGAAGCACAUGGCCCAAAUUCGGGAGCUGGAAGCCAAUGUUACAGAGCUGAUGAGCACAUCUGCAGUGAAGCCCAUGGAUAUUGAGCCUUCCUCACCCCCAGGGCCCACAGCAGCUGAGCUCAGUCUGCAGGAGGAGAUCCAGAGGCUGCAGCAGGAGAAGGAGGAACUGCAUGGGCAGUACCAGGCCCAGGUCCGGGACAAUGAGCAGCUGAGCCACCUGAACAGGGAGCAGGAGGAGAGGCUGCUGGAGCUGGAGAAGGCUGUGCAGCGCUACAACGAGGAGUCUGUGGACAGGCAACAGAUCCUGGAGGACAUGCAGAGUGACAAGGCCACCAUCAGUAGGGCACUGAGCCAGAACCGGGAUCUGAAGGAGCAGCUGGCUGAGCUGCAGAAUGGCUUUGUCAAACUGACAAAUGAAAACAUGGAGGUUACAAGUGCCCUACAAUCAGAGCAACAUGUAAAGAAAGAGCUGGCCAAGAAGCUUGGGCAGCUGGAGGAGAACCUGGUGGACCUCAAAGAGUCGCUGGAGCUGAGGAGACAGGAGGCUCAGGGCCUGCAGGAGCAGAGGGACCAGUACUACAGCCACCUGCAGCAGUACGCCAUGGCCUACCAGCAGCUCUCGGCCGAGAAGGAGGAGCUGCACAAGCAGUACCUGCUCCAGACACAGCUCAUGGACAGGCUACAGCACGAGGAGGUCCAGGGCAAGGUGACACUGGAAAUGCACCUGAAAGAGCUGCAGCAGACCAAGGAAAGUCUGGAAGCUGUAGCUAAGGAAAACAAAGAGCUGCAGGCCCAGAUCAGCCAGUUGGCAGCAGAAAUGGAUGGCAGGAUUUUGCAGCAGCUAGAGGAAGAUGAAGCAAUGGCUGAAGAAAUCCAAAAACCUUCAUUUGUGAUCCCAGAGAAGUUUGAAAGCCAUGAAGAAAUGGUCACUUUCUUAACCUCUGCCAUGUCCCAAGUGGAACAAGAGCGAGAAGAUCUGAGGCAGCAGCUGACUGCUCAGAAGCAGCAGUGCAGAACCCUCCUGCAGCAAAUCACAGCUCUUAGGCAGGAGCAGCAACGUCACAUUGCACUCGAUGGAGGUUCCAUUAUGGAUACUGUUCCAGUGGAGGUUCAUGAGGCUUUGAAAGGUGCCAUGGAGAAGCUACAGUUCCGUUUCACAGAGCUGAUGCAAGAGAAGGCUGAUCUGAAGGAGAGGCUGGAGGAGCUGGAGCAUCGCUGCAUCCAGCUGUCUGGAGAGACAGACACCAUUGGGGAGUACAUUGCACUGUACCAGAGUCAAAGGGCUAUCCUCAAACAGCGGCACCAGGAGAAAGAGGAGUAUAUCAGCAGAUUGGCCCAGGAUAAGGAAGAGAUGAAGAUGAAGCUACUGGAACUGCAGGACCUAGUGAUGCGUCUGGUGAGGGAGAGAAAUGAAUGGUACAGCAAGUAUGUAGCAGCUGCUCAAAACCCAGAGCUGUUGGCAGGCCAGGCUCAGGGUGAGCUGCCAGCAGAGCGACGCAUCGAGCUGAACGCGACCGAUGGGGAAGGGUUACGAGAGGUGAAUCUGUCAGAUGAAGCAGAACAAGAUGCUGCUGUUCUUCAUCAAUCCGGUUUCCCCCCUAUUGACAGUAAAGCUGCUCAGCCAAACCAAGAGGACCCCACGGCAAAGCAAAUAAUGCAGCUUCUCCGAGAAAUCCAGAACCCUCAGGAGAGGCUGGGCUCCCUGCAGGAAAACCCUUGCAUUCCUUUCUUCUACCGUGCGGAUGAGAACAAUGAGGUCAAGAUCAUGGUAGUUUAA